UUGUUGGCCUUAGUGCUCUCAGCAGGUGUUUUGAAGUUUCAUGAAGUGAAUCACAUCCUCGAUCAAUUCACACCAGCCGGUUCACCGUCCCGGUAUGAAUACUCGGUUACACGAGAGUUUUUCAAGGAUUCUGGAUCGCCAUUUCACGUUGUCGUCGCUAUGCAAGCGGCUGAUGGUGGUUCACUUCUACGACCUGAGUUCGUUGUCUCAUUCUAA